CAAGUGGUUGCAAACUCAGUCUGUGGCUGUAUUAGUGUUUCCGUUGUGUCCGUUUCCGUCCGAUUUUUUUUAACUCAAUUUUUUUCUUCGACUUUGAUUCUCUUUAGUAUCUUCCUUCGGAAUUGUUCGAAUUGCCGAAUAAUUUGUGCCAGUCAACAAUUUCGUGCUCGAGAUUGUAAAAAUCUUCAUCUCUUUUUACACUGUCUUACCAAACCAACAAUUGAAGCCUGUGAAAGUAUCUUAGUUGCCUGUUAUUCAUUUUUCUACUCACAACUUUCAGAUCAAUUCAAAUUAGCAGGAUUGACGGUCUUCAACAAUUCCUGGAGCCAAGUUUAUGAUUUCGGUGGAGAUGAGGGUGUUGAGAGUUGGUCUCUCCUUGACCAUGAUGUCCAACCUGAGGAUGUAUUUGAAUGUUUACUCAACAUCAAGGAACCAGAGAUUUCACUGGACACCGUGUUAAGUGUCGUACCUCGAACUUUGGGAGUUCGAACAGAUCCUUCGAUUGAAACUGGUUUGGUUAUAUUUUUCCCUGAUGGUAAUCGAGAGAAAAGAGCAAAAGCAUUUAUUCGUGAAAUGGCAGAAAAAUCGUGUUCGCUGGUUGCAACCAAAGAAUUUAUGAUGAAAGAAGUCGAAGCAUCUCAAGUAUUUCGAACUGAUUCUUAUAAUUCAGUCGUUGGUCGUGGUCCAGUUAUAGCGAUCCAACAUUUUGGACCUGAUUGUAUAAGGAAAUCUCACCAGGCCGCUAAAACAAUCGCUCUCGAAACGGGAUCAACUGGACUUGUCUACGUUUCAUCUAAUCCUGAAUCAGCUUUUGAACAGAUCAGCCUAAUAUUCAACUCGACUGAUCUUCCACAGGAAAAGUUUACCACACCAACCAAAGCACCUGAUGAACAAUCAAGUUAAAUCAAUUAUCGUCUCUGUUUAAUCAUAUGAAUCAAUAAAUCGUCAACGUUAUAACAUCAAAAAGUUAUUAAAUCUCAAAAUCUUAUGACGAUAAAAACUAAA